AUGCAUGAACUUGACAGUGAGGGCGAGGCUAUUGCUGUCCAAAUUGGUUUAAGUGAAGCUUUAGAAUGUGUCACGCACAGGCUGCGUCAUUGCGGGGCGGCCUGUACUCUGCGUCACGCACGGUGUUACACAGGGUACAAUCUACUACACAAGCCAGAGGCAUCCUCGCAGAUUGGGGAAAAUGGGGUCGAAGAGUUGAUGAAUGUGAGGAUCCACACCAGACGGUAUAAGCAGUCCCCCUCACGAAGAGCACCGCUCCUGUGCCAGCUAGGAACAAACUCGUGGCACCGCGCUCCCCGCGCCGCCACCAGCCGCAGGCGCCGCGCUCCCCGCGCCACCACCAGCUGCAGGCACCAGCUGCAGGCGCCGCGCUCCCCGCGCCACCACCAGCUGCAGGCGCCGCGCUCCCCGCGCCACCACCAGCCGCAGGCGCCGCGCUCCCCGCGCCACCACCAGCUGCAGGCGCCGCGCUCCCCGCGCCACCACCAGCUGCAGGCGCCGCGCUCCCCGCGCCACCACCAGCUGCAGGCGCCGCGCUCCCCGCGCCACCACCAGCUGCAGGCGCCGCGCUCCCCGCGCCGCCACCAGCUGCAGGCGCCGCGCUCCCCGCGCCGCCACCAGCUGCAGGCGCCGCGCUCCCCGCGCCGCCACCAGCUGCAGGCGCCGCGCUCCCCGCGCCGCCACCAGCUGCAGGCGCCGCGCUCCCCGCGCCGCCACCAGCUGCAGGCGCCGCGCUCCCCGCGCCGCCACCAGCUGCAGGCGCCGCGCUCCCCGCGCCACCACCAGCUGCAGGCGCCGCGCUCCCCGCGCCGCCACCAGCUGCAGGCGCCGCGCUCCCCGCGCCACCACCAGCCGCAGGCGCCGCGCUCCCCGCGCCACCACCAGCCGCAGGCGCCGCGCUCCCCGCGCCACCACCAGCUGCAGGCGCCGCGCUCCCCGCGCCACCACCAGCUGCAGGCGCCGCGCGCCCCGCGCCACCAGCCACAGGCGCCGCGCUCCCCGCGCCACCAGCUGCAGGCCCGUGAGGGCAAACGGAAGGAUAACCUCGAGAUAUGA